AAUAUAUUGUUUAGUCAACUUCUAUGAUUCGGAGCGUUUGCACGUAUAUGUCUCGAUUGUGCGUGUAUAUUUAUUAAUUUAUUUUUUAUUUUACACAACGUUUCUUUCCACCUUGAGCGCCCGAAGAGUAUUUUGCCUCGAUUUGAAUUUCGCGAUGACAGUACGGAGCACAGCGUAGUGGAUGAGAAAUCUGUUUUUCGGUGAUCGUAAAACUGAAUAGAAGAAAUAUUCGAUGUAGGCCGCGCAUAACGGAAAAGUUGAUUGAAAUUGACAGCGAAUGGCGGUAAUAAUCGCUUAAAAUUAUAGAAGAAAAUCUGGCCAGUGAAAUGUAAUAAAGCCCAAAUUAAAAGUGUGGUGAAUUUCCGCGCUAGUUUCAUCUAGUGACAUCAAAGUGAUAACAGAAAAUAACAACACUGUUAAAGUAGUUCGCGAGGCACAGAAAAUUUUGUAAAGCAGUGUGAUUGACAAAAAAGUAAACGAUUGAAGUACCUGAGCUUUGAGAACCAAGUUUGUGCAAUUGGCGUAUUCCAAGAGCCGGUCAUCGAGAUCCACGCAUUGUAUGUAAGAAGAAAGUGUAAACUUCGGAACUGCCGAUCUCAACUGAAGAAGAAAUUAGAAUAGCGAGUGACCUUCACUUAAAAGCAUGAAAGAUGUGAAAAAGUGUGCUUAUGUUCCGAUCGUUUUUGUCAGCUGAUCAAAAGUUUGAGUUCUGCCUGAGCCUAGGAGAAACAAAAGAUCGAGCUCAAAUAAAUGCCGCAAUUAAUUUGAAUAAUCUUGAAUGAAGAAACGAAAAUUAACAUAAUUUGUAUACUCGCGGGACGCAGUAGCAGAAGCAGCAAAAGCAACCGUUUUGGUGGCAGCAUCCGUACUCACUGUAGGCAAGCAGAGUUUAAACAAAGAUAAAUAAGAAAACAAAAAACACAGAAAGGAGUCCAACGCCAGUAAAACAACCCAAAAGAGUUUGAGAGAAGAAAAGAGAAGUUAUUAGCAAAGAGUAAACACCUGAGAGAUGAUUGAUUGAUUCUAGCUGCACUGCACAAGAUUGAAUUAUCGAUACACGGGGGCUGCGUAGGAUAGCCCGGGCAGUGUGACAAAGACCCUUAGACGGGUGCUGAGUGGAAACCGGCAGAGGUAGAUAAAUAAAACAAGUCCCUGAUUUGAUAGCUUUGACGUGAUCGUUUUUGUUGUGUUCAUCCGAAGCCAGCGUGGCUGAAUCGAGAUUUGGCAGUGCCAUUUAAAUAAAUUUCUCCAGAUUACUUCACUGGGAGCAAGAAAACAGUUGUUCUGAAAAAGCGCUGCGGCGUGUUAUGGUAGUGAGCCAUUUUCUGUAAGAUAGGAAAACUGAGCCCAAAUUUGGAGCCCUACCCCGCCAGCGUGGAAGGGCUUAACAGCCCUAGAGCGGUGGGGAUGGCCGCCACCACGUACAUAUCGCCUAGCGGCGAGUUGGACAUGGCCUUAGGCGGCGGUUACCAUACAUCUUCACCGCGGAGUGCAGCCGAUGCGAACGAGAUGAAGUAUAUGCAUCAUCAUCACCACCAGAGCCAUCACCAUGUGCCCUCUAGUCCUAGUCCGAACCCUGCUGGUUUGGGUUCGGUAACGGGCGGCCUUGGUGGAGUUGGUGGCAAUCCUUGGGCUGCUCUUCAACCAACCGAUCCAUGGGCGUUGCACUCGCAUCAUCCUCAUUCCCACCCGCAUGCGACAGACGUGAAGCAGGAAAUGCAUUUAUCGCAACAAGCCCGGGCACAGCAAGGUAUGGCUUCCCCACAUGCCUGGCAUGCACCGGUACAUCCUGGAACGCAUUACGCCACUGGAGGAUCUCCACUGCAAUACCACCAUGCAAUGAACGGAAUGCUUCAUCAUCCUGCUCAUCCUGCUCAUCACCAAAGUGCACCCCCUUUGCAUCACUCGUUACGGGGUGAGUCGCCUCAGUUGCACAUACCACACCAUCACCUGCAGGGCGAUCGGGAUGUGAGUGCUGGUGAAGAAGAUACCCCAACGUCGGACGAUCUGGAGGCGUUCGCAAAGCAAUUUAAACAAAGACGAAUUAAACUAGGAUUUACACAGGCUGAUGUAGGCCUGGCGCUCGGCACUCUGUACGGCAACGUAUUUUCACAAACAACGAUAUGUCGAUUUGAGGCUUUACAGUUAAGUUUUAAGAAUAUGUGCAAGCUAAAGCCACUGUUGCAAAAAUGGCUAGAAGAGGCAGACUCUACCACGGGUUCGCCAACCAGCAUCGACAAAAUUGCUGCCCAGGGUCGAAAGCGGAAAAAGCGAACCAGCAUCGAGGUGUCGGUUAAGGGAGCCCUAGAGCAGCACUUUCACAAACAGCCCAAGCCAUCGGCACAGGAAAUCACUUCGCUAGCCGAUUCGCUACAACUUGAGAAGGAAGUAGUCAGAGUAUGGUUCUGUAACCGACGACAGAAAGAAAAGCGGAUGACACCACCAAAUACAAUGGGUGGUGACAUGAUGGAUGGAAUGCCGCCUGGGCAUAUGGGCCAUGGAGGACAUGGUUAUCAUCCGCACCAUGACAUGCACGGUAGUCCAAUGGGUACCCACAGCCACAGCCAUAGUCCGCCCAUGCUCAGUCCUCAGAGUAUGGGCGGUGGAGGGCAUCAUCAGUUAACGGCCCACUAGCAAUCAGAGCACCAGGAGUCCAGCAAUAAUUCGGCGGUGUUUCAACCGAUUCACCACCCUGGAAUCCUGCAACCACAUUCCGCUGCUAUUUCCUCAUCCAGCGUUGGGAAUAGCUAUAGCAUAGCAUCGACCACCACAAAUACCUCUUCACCGCCGUCGUCGACGUCUUCAUCUUCCAACGCGGCCGCAGCAGCGGCAGCAGCAGCAGCAGCAGCCGCUGCUUCGGGAGCUUCGACAUCGCCGUCGGCAGCUGCUGCUGCUGCGCAAAUGUACAUAGACCACCGGCAUCACCAGCAACAGCAGCAGAUGCACGCUAGGCGGAUAUUUCAGGAAUGGACUCUGCAGUUCGGACCCACCGGUACUGCGACUGGUGCACGAUAUUUGAAUUAAAAAAGAAAAAAGAGAGUUGGCAAUCUGCACGAUUGGGCAUUGUAUCGUCGUUCCCAAUCACAACACACAUAAACUCACAAACAUACACGAAACCAACAAAGAUGCAAGCUAGUAAAAUAUUAUUUAGUUUGAUGCCCUCUAAAUAAAUUGUUUAAAUCAAAGUUUAAACUCUAAACAAAAGCAAAAAGUGGUGACUUAAAUACAAUUUGUGAAAAUCCGAUCGAAACUGUGUUUACCUGUACAUAGAAGAAUAUGAAUAUGAGUAAGGUUAAUGUAAUCAGUAUCGUGUAAGGAAAAAAUAGUAUGAAAAGUAGAAUUUAUAUACGACAUAAUACAAGUAAUAUAAAACAACAACAGAACAAGAGCUAGAUAGAAACGAAUGAAGCAAAAGCUCUAGAGAGCGAAACCAGAGAAGUUCUAGUGAUAUAUAAUGGGUAAAAUUAUAACACGAAGAUGCAAAUGUGAAGAUUAUUUCAUGGGUAGAACGCAAUACCUCACCAUCAAAAACAGUUCAAUCUGUAAGUAUUUCACUUUGAACUAUUUAGUAAGUCAGUGUAUUAGUAAAAACGGCGCAUUGGGGUGAUUAGUUGAACGUUUUAGAGUGUGACGCAAGUGAAUCACGCUAGUGUCGUUUUCAAAUCGAUUUCGUAUAUUUUGUUAAGUGUGCAAUGGCUGUGGCGAACUUAUGGGAAUUACCCAGUCGUAAAUUGUUCAAGAAUUGCCCGCUGUCUUGGGUGAGUUUGUACCUCUGGCGUGCCAUUUGCGGCUCAUCCCGCUAGGUGCCUACAGUUGUUUGCGGCUCGUGCGAAAAAAAAUUCUGUUAAGGAAAUUCCGGUAGUAUCCUUUUAUGAGACUGCCGACGGCAGACCGAUUAGUGAUGAUUGUUUUCUUUCAUGUGUUACCUUCACACCUUCUUAGACCGACGGCUUUGCAAAGUCGGAAGAGCUGGAGUUUCCACAUCUGUUAGCUUGUUACUGCGCUGGGUCAACAAGGGGCAUGAAAUAUUUACAAUUUGCACUGUGCCUUUGUUUUUUCGGACAAUUUUUAGGGAAUUCCGUUGACAUCCGACAUCAUUGAGUAUGAUGCGCAUGAAGGUAUAAAAACCGCUUAAGCCGGGGAAUCCCCCUCCGGCGGAAGAUUUGGCUUCUAUAAAACUGAAUGAUACGGUGAGGAAUUAGUUUUUGAUGGUUUGGUUGUCGCCUUUCGGACAUGGAAUGCAGAUUAAUGUAGGGAAGUCGAAUAGAAAUGUCCACAGCUGUAUACCGAAUCCAUAAAAAGGACGCUAAAUAAACAAGAAAUAUUUGUAAUAAAACCAUGUGAGGAGAAAUAUAGAGCAAACAUGCCGUUGUAUAAAAGCAUCUGAAAAUUAUGAAACUUACUGCAAAAGUGUACGAAACGAUUCAACAACUUAGAAUACCAAUAUUUGUAUAAGAAAAAAAAAGUGUAAGUACUGCGAAAACAUGGGAAAAAUUUACUAAAAACCAUCGUUUUUAAGCAUUCCAAAUAAAAAUUCGUUUAUUUUUUCUUAGCUAUGGCCGCAGGAGUACUUCUAUUUCAUAACAAUCCGUAAAAUCCCUCGUCAAGGCGAAACCACGAAGGCAUUUGCACGCUUGUGUGCGUAUUUAAUGGCCGUACUAAUUUAAGUGUUCUUAUCGGUCACCUAAUUUUCCAUUCCGUGUUCAGGCAAUUGCCCACCAACCGUCGUUGUUGUCGAGCAGUUUUCAGUUCAGUGGCAGGUGCGCGUAGGUUUUCGUUGUUACUGUUUUUCGUUGGUUCUCGAGUGACAUUUGAAGUGCAGGUUGUGUGCCGUUGGUAAUUCUAGCCCUUCGGUUAAUAAGCAAUAUUUGACAUUUUGUUUUAAAAUUCGACGCUUUACCGGUUUUGAUGCAGAUUUCUCAUAGUAGCGUUGUGAUAAAUGUUUGAAAAAUUCUACCUUUCGAAAUAUUAGUAUCGCUAAAUUUUUUUCAUAUCAAUUGGCAUCGACAUCUACGAAAUAGUUUCAGGAUAUAAUAUUUGAUUCAAACGAAUUAGCACACAAUGCCAGGCACUCCAGAUAGCUUAAAUUCUUUAGUAUUUGAGUGGAUGUCCCUUUUUGAGCUCUUCACAAAGUCUACGUCUAAAGAAUUGAGAAAAAAUGCGAUUGAAUGUUUCUAUUAUCAAUUCAGAAAAAGCAUUUAUAAUAAUCUGAUUGCUAAAAUUCGAAUUCAACGUGCAGCUUCUUUCAUUUUAUUGGGGUUCAUUAAAAACCCACAGUAAUUCUUGAUGGAUUCAUUAUUCAUGACUAUUGCAAUAUAAUAAUCAUUUUUCUAACUGAAUCUGAUACUUAAAAUAACACCAACGCAGCAUUUGGUUAUAAGAACCAUACGGGAUACGGUAUGUUAUGUUCAUCAUUUUUUUUACUGAAUCUAGCAUCAACUCCUCAUAUAAAUAGUGCAGAAUGAUAUUCAUUCCCCUUAUUUGAACGUGAGGCAAAAUUAGCGAGAGAAAAAAGAAACAAAUUGAAUAGGUUUAAAAAUAUGAUAAAACACAGGGUAAAAUAUUAAAAUAAACUCCAUUUGAUAUCGUUGGCUUUUUUGUAUCUUUUUGUUAGCCGUGGCAUAUGGAUUUGCUUUGGCCAGUGAAACAGUCACCAUUUCAUUUCAGUUGAAGUACAUUUAGUUAGGCUUUCGACAUUCCGCCAGAAAUUUGAAUCAUUUGCUUCCGUUCGAUGUUCAGUUUAAAUGAACGUUCAAAUGAUAAUUUUGAACUCCGACGCAGUGACAGCCAGCAUUGUAGCAUCGGUAAUUGACUUAAUUAUGUUUUAUAUGUUAGGCGAUUCGAAUCAAAAAUUUAAUUGUAAAUGCGAUAUCUCAUUUUUGUUAUUUAAUGUGUAGAAAAAAAAACUAAACAAAAAACGACGAAGUUUAGACAGAAGAAAAAUGCUUAUAAUUCUACGGUUAGUUAAUUGUGAAAUCGUGAAACAUGAUUGAACUUAAUAAAAGUAUAAGAGGAAACAAGAAAAAAUAAACAAAGUCAAGCGCAAAUGUAAGUAAUGGUAAAUAGUACAUACACACUUUAUUAUCGGAGAAAUUUGCAUAGAGCAAAGUAAUAAGUGUAGAGGUGAGGAACAACCAAUUUGUGAAACAAAUAUAAGAAGAAAAAAAUACAAAGAAAUUAUAGUAAUCCUCCUAUAAGUUUAUCGACUGUAAAUACGCGUAGAAUGACGUUUUUGUUGCUAGUAAGAGUUCAGGAUCAUUCUGAUCGAACUAGAACAGUUUCUUUUGUGUUUGUACGUAACGUGGUUUCAUUUAAUCAAAAUUUUGCACUAAUCUAAAAAUUAGAUGAAUGAAAAUCAAAUCCUUUCGUUUAGUUAAAGUCGCCCAAAACAAGAAUAUAAUUUAUGAUGCAUUCCAUCGAGAGCAGAUAUGACUAAGGCGUAAAACUAUCAAUAUUCCGGAACAUUCCAGCAAAAAUAACAUUCGGAUUAAUCAUUGAGUUAUUUUUUCUCGACUUUUGCAAAGAUUACUUUUAUUGAUUUAUUGAAAAACUGUAUCACGGAAACAUACAUGCAGAAAAAAAAAUUAAGCUAAGUAAUUAAUUAUUAGAGUUAUUAUUAUUCUAUUAUAAUUAUUAUACACGAAAAGGCAACAAAACCAAUUUUAUUAAAAAUAUUUAUGAUGAAAACAGAAA